AUGCUUCAUCUCCUACUAUUAUUGUUUCUUAACAAGCUAGAAAUUCCUCUCCUUUUCAUGGUAGUCAAGCAGGUCAAAAUAACAGUUACUGUGGGGGUUAGAAUGGUGGCCGUGGAAGAGGUCUUGAUGGUGUUCGAUCGUUCCAAGCUCCUCCGGGGUGGGGUUAUGUUUGGUUCCCUCUCCAUCCCGCUUCUUCUCGAUUUCACCCUUCUCAAGGCCUUUUGUCGAGUCCAUCUUCUAUCAAUCAGCAGUCUAACAACCACUAGCCCUCUCAUCCUCAGUAGUCGAAUCGACAACAAGAACGAUCAAAUCAACAACCUUCAUCCCAGCAAGCAUUUGUUGCCCUUUCAGACUCCACACAUUCUAUGUGGGCAUGGUUCUAACAUCCUACCUCUGUUGUGA